CCAGGCCACCAAAUCCCUGUUCAUUAAAAUAACAAAUAAAGUGGGAUCAGCCCAUCUGUCGAUUGAGGUUCAUAUAGUGGUCCCUGCGCCUGGUGAGCCAGAUCAUCACUCCUGUAGAGGACGGACUCCAGGGAGAUUUACCAGGAUGAGUAAGAUAACUUUCUACGAGGACAGCAACUUCCAGGGGCGCUCUUAUGAGUGCGAUGCAGACUGCGCUGACAUGCACCCCCAUUUCAGCUGCUGUAACUCCAUCAAGGUAGAUAGCGGCUGCUGGGUGCUGUACGAGCGUCCCAACUACACAGGCUAUCAGUACGUGCUGACCAGAGGGGAGUACCCAGAGUACCAGCACUGGAUGGGAUACAAUGACAGCAUCCGCUCCUGCCGUACCUUCUCCUAUACUAGCGGAGGCCCAUACCGCAUGCGCAUCUAUGAACGCCCCAACUUCCAGGGCCAGACGAUGGAGUUCGCCGAGGACUGUGAGUCUGUCCAGGAACGCUUCCGCAGCCGUGACGUCUACUCCUGUAACGUUCUGGAGGGCUACUGGACCCUCUAUGAACACCCCAACUACCGCGGCCGCCAGUACUUCAUGAGGCCUGGAGAGUACAAGAAGUUUAGUGACUGGGGCGCCACAUGUGCCACCACUGGCUCCUUCCGUAGGAUCACAGAGUUUUAGAUAAGAACACCCUCUCUGCCUCCCUAAAUGCAGCUCAUCUCUAGUUGGCACUGGCUUGUCAAUAGAAGAGUAUGCCUAUUCUAACACACAGGACUGUGUCAAUAUAUUUUAUGAAUUUGAAAUAGAUAUUUGGUCAUUAUUAAGUUACAAAGGUAACUCUGAAUGAGUCUGAAUGAGUCUGAAUAAAUUAAUCUAUUGUGAA